AUGAUAAAUAAUAUACUACCCUUAUUUGGUAUGUAUAAGGAACUUUAAAUUGAAAAUGCAACUCAAUUAAAAGAUGCUUUAGAUAAAUGGGAUCAACAUAAAUUAAAAUAUUGGCUCUUAAAAAUGGAAAGUUAUAUAUUCUCAUUACAUAUUAGGAGCCAUAUUUACAUUCUAAUAUGAUCAAUGUAUUGCAAUAUUAGAUGAAUUUUAACCUAAUUAUAUCUAGAAUUUACCUUAUGACAUGGCCAUACAAUGUAACAAACUAAGGACCAUGUUUUAGAAUAACUCUAUUCAAUAUCUCAUAGUUAAUACCUAUCUUAAAUUGUUACGAUCCUUAAAAAAGUCUCUUGAACCAAUCUUUUGUUCUAAUAAUUUGCUUAAUUCUAUUAGAAACCUGGAAUUAUAUUUAUCUUCUCCCUUGAAUUAAAAUACUAUCAAACCAUAAGAAUGUAAUUGCUCUUAAUUUUGA